AUGAUGCCUCUUCAGCGUCAUAUCAAGAAUGUUGUACAUAAUUAUUCCGAAGUCGAACGCAAAGUGAGGGAGGCAACAUCGAAUGACCCCUGGGGACCCAGCAGUACGCUCAUGUCGGAAAUUGCCGACCAAACUUAUCAUGUCAUACCAUUUACGGAAAUAAUGCAGAUGAUUUGGAAGCGGCUUAAUGACAAAACCAAGAAUUGGCGGCACGUCUACAAAGCACUGACGCUUCUGGAAUAUAUUAUCAAAACUGGGAGCGAGAAUGUUGCUCGCCAGUGCCAGGAGAACAUCCACGCCAUCGAGACACUGAUGGCUGUCCAUCCCCUCUUUUGUGACAAGGACUACACGUCCUUACUUGUUAUGCUGUGA